AGAGUUGGCAGCGACGCCGCGGCCCCGCGUCGUCGUGGGCUGGAUCUCUGUUCGGUAACUCCUCCCAGCCACGUGCACAUAUCGAGUCUACUCGAAUGUAAACACAGUCAUAUACUAGCCCCAGAACUGUCACAACUCACACAACAUAACCGGCAACUCGUGCUUGUUUUCCGUGUGCACAACAUACGCUAUACCGUUUCAACAUGAGUUUUCUUCAAGUAUUACCCCCGACGAAAAAACCUUCCUCGGUGUUGUAUACUUAUAUUAAAAAAAACCGAUACACAACGAAAAUAAUAGUUAUUUUCUCCGAUGCCAAGAAAGCCGAAUAUUUCAACGAGCUCAUGCGUUAUUUCUUCAUCAACUCUGUUACCAUCCAUGAAAUGCAAGAUCAUGAGACUUUAAAGAAGAGUAGGGAACACAUUCGUACUCAAGGAGCUGGGAUUGUGUUUACUACUAAUACAAUUAUGAAUAAUAACGUAGCUGAAGAUAGAUUAUUCAAGAAAGAUUACACCAUCAUGCAGUACGACCCUCCAACUAAUUUAGAGUUAUUUCUGAGAUUGUUCAACAAGUGUCAAGGUGGAAAAAAUUCUCUUAUAUUAUUCUUACGUAAAGAAGAAAAAGAAUUUUUUCAAAAGUUGAAAGAAACAAAUAUAAUGAUUAAAAGAGUAUCUUUUAAUAAAAGUCUACUUGAAGAUAUACCAUCACACGUAUCAAAACUGGUCUACGAUGGCAUGCCCAGCCCAAAAACAUAUAAAACUACCACACGACCAUAUGGAAUGUAUCAAAAAGAAAUUUUUAAUAUUGACUCAUUAAGUUUCGUAGAUGAAUCAAGAGAUCUUAGUACAAAACCAGUUGUUUCUGUGCCCAUGCAAGAUGCACCACAGAAAAUGAUACAAUUGAAUAUGAUUAUGACUUUUCAAAAAGAACAAGAAAAAAUGGAAGAGGAAAGUUUGGCAAAUGAACGUAAGAGAUGCCACAGCACAGAUGAUGUUUUAAAAGCUAAACCAUCUUGUGAGAGUGUGCUGGAUAGUAAGCGUACCCGACUCGAAGCUUUGUGAAAGCAAUACUUUCUAAUUACAAUUUAUGAAUCAACUCUGACAAAAUCGUGAAUAACCAAACAAACACCUUACGACUAUAGCUUAUUAUACGACUAUGCAAAACUUGUCAAAAGUAUAGUGCAAAACUACAUAUUGAGUCUUCAUGCAUGGAUGUACCAUAAUAUACCUUUAUAUACCAUGUAUACCAUAGAAUCAACUGACAGUGCAUAAAAUAAUAGCAUGUGUAAAUAUAAUUAGAUAUAAUUUUUCAUUGAUCUCAUUGAGUGUUGAGUACUCAAAUAAAUGAUAAAAAGUACGUA